AUGUCCAAUCCCAACAACAACCAAGGGUUGUUGUCAAGGGCAGCUAGUCCGUCUCCGGACCGUGGACCUAUGAUGCUUGGGGUAACUUCUAUGCUGAUGGUUGUUUCUACAAUUGUGUACAUCGCUCGCACUUGGGUGCGGGCUCAGCGUCGAGUUAAGUUGGGCUUAGAUGACGCUCUACUUUUGCUGUCUUAUAUACUCAUUGCGGCCGACUAUGCGUUGGUUAUGGCCGAGAUCACCCACGCGGGACUGGGCAAACCUAUUAUUUUAAAUAUGAUCAAUGAUCCUACUAGCCUCACCAGGUUCAUGAAGCUGCUCUACACUCAGCAAAUCUUUUUCCCAUUUCCGAUAACAACCAUCAAAUUCAGCUUUCUUGUAAUGUUCUGGCGCCUGUUCCCUACCAAGUUCAUGAAGUGGGGAACCAUUGUUCUCUCCAUAUUCUUCACCAUGUGGCUUAUAGCAGUCGUCGUCCCAACCAUUUUCCAAUGCUACCCUGUCCACAAGAUGUGGGAUCGCAUGAUGCCUACAGGGUUUUGUAAUCCAGGCAUCGCACUGUGGAUUCAAUGGAUUGACAGUGUUCCGCAACUUCUGAGCGACAUCUUCCUCUUCUUGCUCCCGAUUGUCGAGGUCAAACGACUGCAUGCCUCCAAAGGUACCAAGGCGGGCAUCAGCGCCAUCUUUGCUUUGUCUUCCUUGAGUAUUAUCGGUAGAAUCAUGGUUUUAGUGGAGGGUGUCAAGACAACUAACAGGGGCCAAGAAGUUGAUAUCACAUGUAAAUUCACCCGUCUAUCCAUUCUGGGGACCGGACCGAGAACUAUGCUAACCCUGCAUUGGCUUGACUUGCUUUAG